GCGGCUAUAGAGACCCGAGUCAUCCACGCGCCCGGGCGACGUGCAGGGGGCGCGGGGAGGACUUAGGGCGGCCAGCUUUCUGGUGCUGCGUUCGGCUCUCGCCCGUGAGGCGGGGCGGCGGCGUGCGAGGGAGCUGCGCCCCAGCGUCUGGAGCUCUAUUUCAAGAACCUCUCAAAACAAAAGGAAAAAGUCAUGGAGAAGAAUGGGAAUAACCGAAAGCUUCGGGUUUGUGUUGCGACUUGCAACCGUGCUGAUUAUUCGAAACUUGCGCCGAUCAUGUUUGGCAUUAAAAUGGAACCCGAGUUCUUUGAACUUGAUGUGGUGGUACUUGGUUCUCACCUGAUAGAUGAUUACGGGAACACAUACCGCAUGAUUGAACAAGAUGACUUUGACAUUAACACCAGGCUACACACGAUUGUUAGAGGGGAAGAUGAGGCAGCCAUGGUAGAGUCAGUAGGCUUGGCCCUGGUGAAGCUGCCAGAUGUCCUUAAUCGUUUGAAGCCUGAUAUCAUGAUUGUUCACGGAGACAGAUUUGAUGCCCUGGCUCUGGCUACAUCUGCCGCCUUGAUGAAUAUCCGAAUCCUUCACAUUGAAGGUGGGGAAGUCAGUGGGACCAUUGACGAUUCUAUCAGACAUGCCAUAACAAAACUGGCUCAUUAUCAUGUGUGCUGCACCCGAAGUGCGGAGCAGCACCUGAUAUCCAUGUGUGAGGACCACGAUCGCAUCCUUCUGGCAGGCUGCCCUUCCUAUGACAAACUUCUCUCUGCCAAGAACAAAGACUACAUGAGCAUCAUUCGGAUGUGGUUAGGUGAUGAUGUAAAAUCUAAAGAUUACAUUGUUGCACUACAGCACCCUGUGACCACUGACAUUAAGCAUUCCAUUAAAAUGUUUGAAUUAACAUUGGAUGCACUUAUCUCAUUUAACAAGCGGACCCUAGUUCUGUUUCCAAACAUUGAUGCAGGAAGCAAAGAGAUGGUUCGAGUGAUGCGGAAGAAGGGCGUUGAGCACCAUCCCAAUUUCCGUGCAGUCAAACACGUCCCGUUUGACCAGUUUAUACAGUUGGUUGCCCAUGCUGGUUGUAUGAUUGGGAACAGCAGCUGUGGAGUACGAGAGGUUGGAGCUUUUGGAACACCUGUGAUUAAUCUAGGUACACGUCAGAUUGGAAGAGAAACAGGAGAGAAUGUCCUUCAUGUCCGGGAUGCUGAUACCCAAGACAAAAUACUGCAAGCACUGCAUCUUCAGUUUGGGAAACAGUACCCGUGUUCAAAGAUCUAUGGGGAUGGAAAUGCUGUUCCAAGGAUUUUGAAGUUUCUCAAGUCUAUUGAUCUUCAAGAGCCACUGCAAAAGAAAUUCUGCUUUCCUCCUGUGAAGGAGAAUAUCUCUCAAGAUAUUGACCACAUUCUUGAAACUCUAAGUGCCUUGGCUGUUGAUCUCGGUGGGACAAACCUCCGAGUUGCAAUAGUCAGCAUGAAGGGUGAAAUUGUCAAGAAGUAUACUCAGUUCAAUCCUGAAACCUAUGAAGAGAGGAUUAAUCUAAUCCUGCAGAUGUGUGUUGAAGCUGCAGCAGAAGCUGUAAAACUGAACUGCAGAAUUUUGGGAGUAGGUAUUUCCACGGGUGGCCGUGUAAAUCCUCGGGAAGGGAUUGUGCUGCAUUCAACUAAGCUGAUUCAAGAAUGGAACUCUGUGGACCUCAGGACCCCCCUGUCUGACACCUUACAUCUGCCCGUGUGGGUGGACAAUGAUGGCAAUUGUGCUGCCCUGGCAGAAAGGAAAUUUGGCCAAGGAAAGGGCCUGGAAAACUUUGUGACGCUUAUCACAGGCACAGGAAUUGGCGGGGGCAUCAUUCAUCAUCACGAAUUGAUCCAUGGAAGCUCCUUUUGUGCUGCAGAAUUUGGCCACCUUGUCGUGUCUCUGGAUGGGCCUGAUUGUUCCUGUGGCAGUCACGGGUGUAUUGAAGCAUAUGCCUCUGGAAUGGCCUUGCAGAGGGAAGCCAAAAAGCUACAUGAUGAAGACCUGCUCUUGGUGGAAGGGAUGUCGGUGCCAAAAGACGAGGCCGUGAGUGCAGCCCAUCUCAUCCAAGCUGCAAAACUUGGCAACGUGAAGGCCCAGAACAUCCUAAGGACAGCUGGAACGGCUCUGGGUCUUGGGGUUGUGAACAUCCUCCACACUAUCAAUCCCUCCCUUGUGAUCCUCUCUGGAGUCCUAGCCAGUCACUACAUCCACAUCGUCAAGGAUGUCAUCCGCCAACAAGCCUUGUCCUCGGUUCAGGAUGUGGACGUGGUAGUUUCGGAUUUGGUGGAUCCCGCCCUGCUCGGUGCCGCCAGCAUGGUUUUGGACUACACAACUCGCAGGAUCUGCUAGGCCUCCCAGGAGGGGACAUGGACCGAGACUCAGAGCUUCUCCGUGGAAUCAGGUUGUCUUUUAGAUGAGCAUUUCUUAAAAAGCAAAUUUGGUAUUUAGCAGGUGACUUCAGCAGUUAAAUUAUUGCCUUUAGUCUCCUCUUCCAGGGUCACCUUUCCCAACCCAUUUUUGUAGAUGCUGCUCUUUCUGGGAUCAUUUUAGCUCAAACCCUGUAAGUACCAGUCACAAUUAUCUGUGCCAAAGGAGCUGUGACAGUAGACCAGGAAGCCUUAGGACUGCUCACUGGACGUACCACUUAGACCUGCAGGCCUUGCUUGAGAUGGGACCUUGACACUGGAACUUAGAUUAAUCCUUCCUCCUCUGACCCUAAAUUCACACUGCAGAAAGGGAUCCCAUCAGGAAACAGAAGUAAAUCUCACCAUGAACGGCUGAAGUAAACUUUUUUUCAAAACAGCUUUAUGGAGGUAUUUUUAGAAGUGUGCAGUUUGAUAAGCUUUGACUUAUGUAUAUAUACCUGUGAAACCACCACCACCAUCGAGACCUGGACGUACCCAUCACCCCCAAGUGUAUCUGUUUAAAGAUGUUAUUUGUUACUGCUCUUAGAGAGUUGAGCAACUUUAGGGAUCUGAAUUACAGUGGCCUCAAGUGACCUUGUCCUUAUCUUCUUAAGGACAGCUGAGAAGCCACUAGGACUUAACAGCUUCUGAAAGGAGAUCAACCAUUCCCGAAGGAUCUUUGCUACUGACAGACUCCUCUCCCUUCAAUAACUUUUCAUGCUAAUGUUGAGUAUGACCGUGGAGUAUCUCCUAAGGCAGCAUUUAUAGAGCUGUGAAUAUCCGUGAAUCUGGAUUCCAGCAAAAUAAGAUUCUGUGCUUUCAUUGGUGUCAAGAUCCAAAGGUCAGGGUUCUAUUUCAACCUGGAAGAAAUUCUAAUACCCAUCAUUUAUUAAGUGCCUACUGUGUGCCAGGUUCUGAACUAGGUGCUCCAUAUACGUUAAUCUAAAUUUUCACAACCUGGGAGGUAGGUGUUUUAAUUUCCAUUUUAUAGAACCGCAAAUUAAGUCUUAAUGCGUUUAAGUGACAGCGCCUAAAGCUGUGUGGCAAGUGAGUCCCAGAAAUAGGACUUGGUCCCCAGGUCCACUUGUGCUUUUGUGCUAAGCUGCACAACCUCUCAAAUAAAAACCUUGUGGAGGGUAACUAUAUCCUAAUUUACUUAAGACUAACAACAGCUUUAACACAACUGUCUCAUUAGCAGAUGACUCAGUUUGUUUUUGAUGCUGUCCCUCAGUGAUACAGCUAAUCAAAUAUUCCUUUCUGCUGUGGACAUUUGGCCAAUACAGUAUUUGGUCUAGUGACAGGUUUUUAUGGUUACUUUCAGAUGCUCUAAGAAAGCAUAUGCAUGUUUUUCCGAUUCUUACUUUAGGAAAACCAGAAGGUUUCUAUUGUUUCAGUGUUAGCGUACAAAAUAAAGUGUGGAAGAAUCAA